AUGGUGACUGCGUCGUCAAGCAGUCAUCGGAAAAAGAAAAAGGUCAAGAAAAGUGGGAGACGCAAGCCUGUGAAUUUACAGGCAAAUUUCAGUCGUAAGUGUUCACUUGCUGAUUCUACAAGCCCAGUACUUGAUACAACAACAUUUGAAGCUCUGAGUGACGCCAUGUUCCCAUCCAAUGAUCACAAUGACGCGGUUCCUAAUGCAGGGGAUGCAGCAUGUGGCGACUUUCAUUUGCAUAGUGUAUGCAGUGAUGGGAAAUUCAAGCCUAGUGAAGUAAUUGCCAAGGCUGCGACGAAUGGUGUGAUGUACAUGUCAAUUACGGAUCAUGACACAAUGGCCGGUGUGAGUGAGGCUAUUGCUGCAGCGCAAAAGCUGGGCGUAUUGGUGUUUCCAGGUGUCGAAAUCAGUGCCGAAGUCAAAGGUGGCGAGAAUCUCCAUAUUUUAGGCUACUUUUAUCCAGGAUCGAACAGUGCUGAGCUGGAUAAGCAGUUGCUAAAGAUCCGCACAGCACGACACAAACGUGGCAAGGGAAUGCUCAAGAAGCUGGAGACGAUGGGCAUUAAACUUGAAUGGGAACGAGUGUUGGAAAUUGCUGGAGAAGCAGCACCAGGCAGACCACACGUGGCUGAAGCCCUUGUAGAAGCAGGUCAUGUUGUUGAUUUCCGUCAGGCAUUUGCUCGAUAUCUGCAUAACGAUGGUCCUGCAUACGUCGAGGGUGCGCAUUUUCCACCUGAAGAAGCUAUUAAGCUUAUUGCUAGUGCUGGUGGAAUCUCUGUUCUCGCUCAUCCCUGGUGCUGCAAGGAUCCGAUGACGCUAGUUCCAAAGUUGGCUAAGCUCGGCAUUCACGGCAUUGAAGUUUAUCAUGAUGUGAAUAAAAUUGACAUGUAUGGCGCUUUGGCGAAGGAAUCUGGCUUGCUGAGGAUGGGUGGCUCAGACUUCCACGGCAUUAAUCCUGCGACAGAGCGUGCACCUGGUGCUAUCCCAUUCCCACGCCUGCAUGUUGAUCGCUUCCUCGCCCACGCCAUAGAUGUAUGGGAACGACCGCUUGUAGAGCGACUGAAGUCCAUGUCGAAAUCCAUUAUGCUGGCAGAUCCUGGGACAUGUGCAUCGCGGGAACUACUUAUCUGGAAAGAGCAGGAACCGCUUGUGCGACGAACAUUGGCUGAGCUUGGAAUGGGAGUUGAAAUAAGUAAAGGAACACAAGUCCACAGUACCUCCAUUGGCGACAAGGUCAACGUCGUUGAGAACCACUACCGAACUAUUCGCGUUCAUCCUCUUGGUCGAUGA